GUGCACCCAGGCACCUCCUAUAAACUUCCGUUGCUGCUCGCGCCUCUCUCUUUCUGACCUGAUAGCGCUCCUGUAAACAUGGUGAACGUCCCUAAGACCCGCCGGACAUUCUGCAAGAAAUGUGGGAAGCACCAACCCCACAAGGUGACCCAGUACAAGAAGGGCAAGGAUUCUUUGUAUGCCCAGGGAAAGCGGCGUUAUGACAGGAAACAGAGUGGCUAUGGUGGGCAGACUAAGCCUAUUUUCCGCAAAAAGGCUAAAACUACAAAGAAGAUCGUGCUGCGACUGGAGUGCGUGGAGUCCAACUGCAGAUCCAAGAGGAUGCUGGCGAUUAAGAGGUGCAAGCAUUUUGAACUGGGAGGUGACAAGAAGAGAAAGGGCCAAGUGAUCCAGUUCUGAGCUGAUUUUUGUUAUGAAGACAAUAAAAUCGUGACCUUUUACCCUCUUUGGGGAGGGAAUAAUAAAUUAAAGCUUUCAGAAAUUGA